UCUUAUCUGUAAAUGAAAAUUUCAAAGUCAAUGUCUACUGACAUUAACAUUUGUCAAUUUAACAAAAUCCGAAAUCGUGUCGUGUGCUCAUUUCGUUAAAUUGGACGCAUUUCUUAGAAAUUAAUUACGAUGUCUGGCCGUGAAGGUGGCAAGAAGAAACCACUAAAAGCACCGAAGAAAUCAUCAAAGGAAUUAGACGAUGAUGACUUAGCGCUAAAGCAGAAAUUGAAGGAACAGCAAAAAGCAUUACAGGAAGCAAAGGCUAAAGCUACACAGAAAGGUCCUCUCACUCAAGGUGGUAUAAAGAAAUCAGGGAAAAAGUGACAAUCUUCUCAAUUAAAUAAUAUAAUCUUUAGGUUUAAUUGUCUUAAGUUCCGUUGGCUCCAUGAGCGAUAAGCAUUUUCCAGUUUUUUUUUUAUAAUCUUGUCUAUGGUGUAACUAAAUAUGACCAAAACUGCACUGCCGUGGUAUUGGCUAUUUUGUUUCUAAUAUGUAAUCCAAAUGGGUAUACAAUAGUCCAUUAAAAUAAUGUAAUAUACAUUCAUUUUAUUAUUAAA